AAGGUUCUGGAUCAUUUUUCAUGGGUCAACAGCUUCGUGUAUCAAUUCUGAAAGAAAAUAUAUGAGCUAGAGCCAUUUGUACACAUUGAUCGCUACUAUCGCUACUCACCAUAAAAGUUACAGUAAACAUCCAGUACUUUAGAACAUCUGAUUGGUCAGUGCUAACGACAGCAUUGUAAAAGUAAUUAAAUCCAGUACAUUUGGAACUGGUCAGUGCUAAAGGCAACAUUGUGACAGCAAUAAAAUCCAGUUCGCUGAAGACUGGUCCGUGCUAAAGACUGCAUUGUGAAAGUAAGAAAAUCCAGUACAUGUAACACUGGUCAGUGCUAACGACAGGCAUUGUGAAAGUAAAAAAAAAUCCAAAAAUCGAAUUUUAAAGAAAACUGUACAUUAAACAAUAGUCAGUGCAAAGACAUUACCUCACCACCACCUCUUUUAAAACUAAUUGUAUUUAUAUGAUCACAGAUACGAAUUAUAAUUGAACAUCUCGUAAACCUCAUAUAUUUGUCAAGAUUCCCUUAUUUUUCACAAAUAAGUCAUUUUAUUUGUAAACAGAAAAAAAAUCUAAAAAUGCCGAAACUUAAGAACAAAUCAUAUGCUAAAAAAAUUAAGGAAAAAGCAGUAUCGAUGAGGAAAGUACGUAAUAAGUUGAUCAAUGAAGAAAAUUCUUUAGAUAAUUCCGAUAAUUCAGCAAGCUCCACCCGUAAUGACAUCGUAGACACCACCUUGAUGAAAAAAUCAGUAACAGAAGUCGAUUUCAAAGGAUAUAACCACUUUUAUAAAAUUAUUCUUGGCGACUUUUCUCAAUUCUCAAGCGAAUUUAAGUUGCCCCAUCACCAAUGUACUGCAAUGGCAGCGUUAGCGUUAGCAACUGCUACUUUUAAACCCGUUAUUUCUUGGAAUUCUCGUGAUCUUAAUAGCAUACUUCGUGAAGGUCAAACCUAUUACGAAAAAUGUAUCUUAUAUCAAUUUGAUUUAAAUUCGAAAUAUAACGAUACAUUUUUAGAAGCAAUACAUUUACUUCCAAAUGUAGAACUUUCUUUAAGAAAAAUCGAUAUGUUUGUUAAUUUAACUGAGUGUCGCGGGGGACGACUGGUAAAAGAUUUUUUCGUUGAUGCUGUUCACAAUUUCGAAUCAUGUCAAUUUACAUAUGGAAUAAUUACAUGUAAAGAACAAUCGUAUGGAUUGAUAAGAUUACAAAAUGUAGAUGGCUCUUCACAUUAUGCAUUUUUUGAUUCUCAUGGUCGUACAUUGAAUGGUAACAGUAAUGGGUCAAAAUCAGCAAUUAUAUUCUUUGAAAAUGCAACACAUUUCAUCAAUUUUUUUUUAAAAGAAAAUCAGUCAAUUUUACAAUCAAAUAUUGUCAAAAAUAAUGAAGAUGCUGUAAAAGUAAUUUUAGUACCAUUGCAUUUUAUUGAUAUGACUGAAAACGAAAGCAAUAAUUCAUUAUAUCAACCAACACUAUCCAAUGCAUUGAAAGUUAUUUCAGGAAGUUUCGCUCAAAAUGAUAUUCGUUUUAAUAAGAAUUCACGGAACAAACAAUGUACCGCAAAUUCUGUUUUGUUUUUAGCUUUUAUCACAAUUUUGAAACAUAAAAUCAGCAGCGUUGACCUUGAUUCAAUUCUGAUGAUAGGAGAUCAAAUUUACGCAGUUUCCUAUAAUGAAGCUGUUAAAGUUAGAUCACAAAAACCAACAUUAACGAAAUCACAAAUAACAAAUCCACACUUAGCUGCUGAUGAAAUUGAAAAACAAAUUUUUGUGGACAUUGAUCGCUUCAAGCUAAAAAAAUUUAAACUUUCUUCCCAACCAUUAUCUGAUAAGGAAUAUUCUGGGAAUUUUAAUAAAUUUGCAAAAGUAUACAUAGAAAGAUUUUUCAAAGAUUAUGACAGCGGAAUAUUUAUCUGUUCCUCAUUAUCUAUAGCACUUCAUAGGAUGUGUGGUGAAUAUGUCGUAUUUGAUCCACAUGCACGAUCUGCAAAAGGACUUCCACAAAAUGAUGGAACAUCUAACAUUUUCUUCUUUCCGAAUAUAAAGUCACUGUAUGAAUAUUUACGUCGCUCUGGUGGUUACGAUAUUAAUCAUGAAUUUACUUUGACUCCUUUUAUUAUUGAACAUGGAUACAAGGUUCAAAAUUCACAUAUUUCUACAGAAUCAGAUUACGUCACGAAUACACGAAUUACACUAAAAAGAAAAUCAACAGAAAAUUCCAAUGAUCAACUUAUAAAGCGUAUCAAAUUAUCUAAUAAAACCAGGGAACAUAAUAAAUGUAGAAUACAAAAAUAUCGUUUAAAUAUGUCCGUAACGGAAAAAGAGGAAACUAAAAAAAAAAAUUCUGACCAAAAAAAACAAAAACGAGUAAAAAAUAAUAUGAAAAUUCCUUACGAAUGGCCAUCGCCAAUAGAUCAAACUAUUAAGAAAAAAUGUUUAGAAAAUUUUCUUGAUAAAAUGUCUAAAAAAGAAAUCUUACAGAAAACAUGUAGCAUUUGCAACAGAGUAGGAUUCAAUAAGGAUUUCAAGCAAGUUAAAUUCUCAGAUAUAAAAAACAGGGAAUUACUACAAUCGAACCAACAAUUACCACAUAUUCCAGGUCUUCAAGUCUUGUCCAAAGAAAUAAAGCAAACAAAUGAAAAAAAUGAGGAAGCGCCAGAAAAAUAUGCUACUUACGGCAUACAAGAAAACAUUUUCAAUAGUAUUCCAGGCGUAAUUAUAUGUAAAGAAUCUAGUGAUACAACAGUAAUAAACAAAAAGCUUUCUACCUAUAAAGAAUCAGUAUAUAUGAAGAAUUUAUUACAAGGUAAAAAUACCAAUGACAAUACUGAAAUCAAAAACAAAGACUUCACUUAUUUUUGCUAUAAAAAUACAAUACUAUACAAAACUGGAAUAGAUUUAAAAAAUUGUUCCAUGACCGACGAUAGCUUAUGUAAUAUUUGUUCAAAAUGUAUUACUUCUUUAAAUAGAAAAAUACCAACAACUCCAGAUUUUUCGCCAGCAAAUGAUUCGUUCAUAGGGGAUGUUCCAGAAGUAUUACAAAAUCUAACUAUUCCAGAAGAACAGUUAAUAUCAUUAUAUCGUCAUAACAAGUGUAUUAUUAAAAUUCAAGCUAGAACGUAUGAUGCAUCCACAAAACAAUCUAAAAUUAGUGGAAACGUAAUAGUUUUUGAACAAAAUAUAAGUAGUAUAGCUAAAACUCUUCCCUUUACUGAAGACAGUCUUUGUGAUAGUAUAAAAAUAAUUUUUGUUGGGUCAAAUCCUCCAUCCAAAAAAUGGUUGAUUGAAAAUAACCCAUUGUAUAAAGACAUUAAACUUUCCGAAAAAAAUUUAAACAGUCUUCCAAAUGAUGAUAUACCUGACUCUCUAUGGAUCACAAUGGAUUCGAGUACAAACGUACAUGCUUCUAAUUCAUGCCGUUCUGGAUAUGCUAACGAAAAUUUAGAUAACACUGAAUCUAUGAAUGACUCUAAAUUUAAUACAAUAAAUCAUGAAUCAGAUUCUAAUGAAACUGAUGAGAUUGGAGAAACAUUGAUUUCAUUAAGUAGUAGCGCUCUAAUUGAUGUUGAUGGUAUAGACACAUCGACUGGAGAUAUUCAAGAUCAUAUUUUGAAUAAUACUUUUCCAGAAAAACAAGUUAACACGACAGACAAUACCUACUAUAUGAUUCCUCGCAGUGAAAAGCUCGUUAACCAAUAUGAUAACCAUUUAUUACUGUUAGGAUUGUUUCCAACUUUGUUUCCCUACGGAUUAGGAGGGCCAGAUAAUCCAGAUAGAAAAAACAAAACCUCUUAUAAAAUGCACAUACAGUAUUUACUCAGCUAUCAAGAUAAGAGAUUUGAGCGGCACCACAGUUUUAUUUUUGUUGUUUUUAAUAUAUUACAACGCCGUAAUGCAUGUUAUACUGCAAAACUCAUGAUGAAUCAACCAUAUUCACAAUCUUACGCGCAACAAAUAUCCAAUGUAAAAUCAACUGAUGUAGAGGAAGCACUAAAAAUAAUUUCAGAGAAAAACAAAAAUACUACUUUCAAAGUAAAUCCAGAUGUAAAUAGGCUAGUAAAACAAGUAAAGGCUGUAGGUGGAAAUGUACAAGGAAGCGUUCAAGCACGCUCAAAAUUACGAGUCAAUUUACAUUCAUUGAUAUAUAACAAGGGCCUACCUCAUAUUUUUUUAACAAUAAACCCUGCAGACACCUGCAAUCCCAUAUCACUCUAUAUUUGUGGUGUAGACAUUGACUUUGAAAAUGUUUUUAAUAAAUUUCCAUCUGGAUAUGUUAGAUCGCAAAUAACUGCAUCACACCCAGUAUCAACAGCAACUUUUUUUAAUUACUUGAUUGAAAAUAUAAUAUCUGCAUUGAUUAUGGGCGGCGUUCUUGGACCAAUGGAUUCGUACUUUGGACCUGUAGAAAGUCAAGGAAGGGGAAGCCUUCAUGUACACAUGCUCCUUUGGCUCUUACAUAAGCUAAGACCAAAAGAUAUGAUGGAAAAGAUAGCAGACCCAGAAUUUCGAAAAAAUUUAAUAAAAUACUUGGAAGAUAUUGUUAAAGAGACGAUUGGAGACCAUAUCGACGAAUAUGAUGAUAUUAUGGUCAACUCUGAAUCUGAUUAUGAAAAUCUGUCUAAUGAUAUGUCUGAUAAUACUUCCAAAUCUGAAAAAACCAAAUCCCCUGAUCAAAAUUGGAAGUACUUAAAAGGGGAUCUACCAGCUGCCUGCAUUUUUACACCUCAUCCGCGCGAUUUAAACUAUGAACAAAAAUUUGCGCAAGACUUAAUUAAUUUAGUCACUGAAACUAAUAUUCAUCGUCACAAUGCAACCUGCUACAAAUAUGCCAAAUUAACAGAUAAAAAAACAACUUGUAGAAUGCGAUUCCCACGAGCAAAAGUAGAAAAAUCAUCAAUAGAUCCAGAUACUGGAGAAUUGAAAAUGAAGCGAACAAAUGAAUGGCUAAAUAAUUAUAACGAGACUAUUAUUUCGGCAUGUCGAUGUAACAUGGAUAUAAAAUAUAUUUUCAGCGGUAAAGAUGCAAAAGCAUUAUGCUAUUAUAUUACAGAUUAUGUUACUAAAAGUAAUCUGUCUUUUUAUGAUAUAUUCUCAUUAAUACAUAAAGCUGUAAAUACAUUUGAAGAACAAUCGUCUAAUAAUUCAGAUCAAAAUAUAGACAUACUAGAACGUUCCAGAAAACUAAUUUUAAAAUGUUAUAACACGAUAGCUAGUAAAAAUGAAUUAUCUGGUGUUCAAGUAGCUAGUUAUUUAAUGAAUUAUCAAGAUCAUUUUACAAAUCAAACCUUUCAAAAUAUCUUUCUUAUUGGAAUAGAACGUUAUAUACAAACCGGCCUAGAUAGAGUAAAUCAAAUUGAAACUAAUGAUUUAACUGAAGAAAAUAGGGAAUCGAUAAUAGAACUAGAUGAAAACGACGUUCCAUUGGAAGAAGACAUAAAUUUAGAAAAAAAUGAGGAACAAUUCGAAUUAGAACUGAACGCUGACAAGACAAAUUUCGUUCUAAUUAACCAGAGAGUUGACUAUGAACUCAGACCAACAGAAUUAAAUGAUAUAUGUUUAUAUGAAUUUGUUUCAAAAUAUAAAAAGAAAAAAAAAGAUAAAUCAGAUGAAAAACUUUUAAAAGAGCAAGAACAACAAGAAAUGUUUAAGGAAAUGAACUUAGAUAUAGACAUAGACGAUGUGCCACAAAAAACAAAAGGCAGGCCAGCACAAAAAAGAUAUCUUUUCGAUGAAUGUCAUCCACAGACAUCUACACAUAUAUUAGUACAGCGUGUUAAAACAGUAAUACCAGUGCUAGUAGGACCACAAAUUCCUCGAAAAAAUCGAGAAGUUACUCAAGAAAGAUAUUGUAGAUCUAUUCUAACAUUAUUUUUUCCUUGGAGAACAUAUACACAUCUUUGCUCUCCUAAUGAAAGUUGGUUAGAGUCAUGGAAAGAGAAAGAAAAAUAUCUUUCCCACAAAAAUAUCAUUGAUAAUAUAGAACUUUUACAUGAGUGCAAAGAAGAAAAAAAUGAACAUUUAAUCCAGUUAAUAGAGCAGUUGGAAGAAGUAAAUGCAGAGCCACCAUUCUAUACUCGAUUAGACGGAGAAUCUGAAUCUGACGAAGAAAUAGACGAGGAAUUAUCAAAUCUUCUUGAUAUGUGUGAAGAACCAAAUGAUAUUUAUAAUAAAAAAGAUUGUGAAUACAUCAAUUCGACAAUAGAAGCUCUGUCAAAAACUAAUAGAUUUAUAAUAGAUGAAAAUAAAAAUUUUAUUUUUAACUGUGAACCUGAUGAAAUAAUUAAAAACACUGCAAAUCAAACUCGCUCAAGAAGUGCAAAAUUCAACUUAAAGCCAUUAAUAUGUGCCACACAUGAUUUACAUCAAAAAAAUAUUAAAUGGCAACUAUCAUUAAAAUUGGAAAAAGAAAAACGUAGAAAGGCAAUACUUUAUGGUACUUCAGAUGAAACUAAUGAUUCUAACAGUUUUCAUUUUGAUCAAUCAUUCGGUGAUGACAGCAAUAAAAUUCCUGAAGUCGCUGUUCGUUCUUUUAAUGUUACCACACAAGAUUUAAUUAUAAAAAAUUACAGUUUAAAUGAAGAACAACGUCGAGCUUUUAUAAUCAUAACUGAUCAUUUAGACGAAAAAUGUUCUUUCAAUAAUGAUGCAAAUAGGCAAGACCAACUUAUAAUGUGUAUUCCUGCUUCAGCUGGUACAGGAAAAUCUCACUUGACCAAAGCAUUAACUGAAUACUUCAAAAUGACUGAUCGAUUGUCAAUUCUUAGGAAAUUAGCGCCAACUUCUGCGGCAGCUAACGUAAUGGGUAUCGACGGUUUAACAAUGCAGUCAUUUUUACACUGUCGACAACUAACAAAAAUAUCUCAAACUAAAAAAUCGAACAUAGAAAUGGAAUGGAAACAUAUAAAAUACGUUUUCCUUGAUGAAGUUUCUAUGAUAGGAUUAGACACGUUAGCUAAAUUAAGUCGUUUGAUGAGUAUAGCAAAGGAAGAUUGGGCAGAUGCAACAUUACCUUUUGGUGGUAAAAAUAUAGUUUUUUUUGGUGAUUUAUUACAAUAUAAACCAGUAAUGGAUCUACCGGUUUACGCAGACAUUCUGAAACAAGGAUAUGAAUUAAAAAAUAAAAAAGAAAUUUUUAUCGAAAAUCUAACAGAAGAAGAUAAAAUAAUACAACUAGAAGAGGAACACACAAUAAAACAAAAAGAAGAAAAUAUUCAAGCGAAGAAAGAUAAACGACAAGUCAUAAAACUACCAAAAGUGAAUAAUUCACUAAUUAGAAAAAAAGUUGGAAGAGCAUUAUGGUUACAAAUAAAUGAAGUUGUCAUAUUGAAAGAGCAAAUGAGAACAACCGACAAAGUUUUAUUAGAUAUUCAAAAUAGAAUCCGAGAGGGGAAUGCCAAUAAAGAUGACCAUAAUGAAUUAAAAAAACGUAUUGUUAGAAUUGACAAUGAAGUAAAAUCACUGAACGAGUCACCCUGGAAUAAUGCACCUAUAAUAGUAUUUAGAAAUGACUUAAGGACUCGUAUAAACAAUAAAGCAGCUGAAAAAUUAGCAAAGGAUAAUAAAACUCCACUGAUAGUUUGUGUUGCAAAUGACAAAUUUUCUGUUAAUUCAAAGAAAAAUAAAGAAAUUGCACAGUACAUUUUAUCUUUAGAUGAUAACAAAACUCAAAAUCUACCUGGCUAUUUACCUUUAGUAGAAAACAUGUAUGUCACGUUAACAAGAAGCUUAUAUACAGAACUAGGAGUAAGCAAUGGGGCAGUCGGAAUUUUCAAACAAUUAAUUUAUGACGAUCUAGAUUCAGAAAAUAAUGAAAAUGUUAAUACGAAAAUAUUUCCAGAAAAUUCUGUCUACAUUCAUAAACCAGUAUUUGCAUUGAUAGAAUUUAAUAAUACAGACAAUCUUCCAAACUUAGAAAACUUACCACCGAAAAUAGUACCGAUUCCAUUAGAGGAACAAGAAUUUAGUGUUGACAUUUCAAAAAUGUUACCAGUUCCUUUAAGAAAAAGAUGUAUGAGAGCACCAAUUGUAAAGGUAAAAAGAAAGCAGUUUCCUAUAGUACCAUAUUUUGGUGUUACUUCACAUAAAAGUCAGGGUCAAACCAUAAAGAAAGUUGUGGUUGAUUUAAACUUUCCCCCACCACCAUUUCCCAGGGAAAUAGCUACAUCAUACGUACCACUAACUCGCGUAAAAGUAAUGGAUGACCUAGCUAUUUGUAGAGAUUUUCCUCUUUCAAACAUUCAAAUUCCACCAACACGAGAACAAAAAGCAGAGAUUCAACGACUUAAUAAGUUAAAUGAUCACACAAAAUCAAAGUUUGAAAUUAAAUAUCUUUAAUAUUUUAACUAAUGUCAACAAAAAAAAGAUUGCCAAACAGUAUCGUUUUAUAUGUAAAUUUUCAGGGGGUGCCUCAGUAGUUAAAAUUGUUAUGUAAAUUUAUUUUAGGAUAUCCACUGCAUUGCUUGCGUUCUAGUUUACUUUACAAGAUAGCAACGCACUACAAGCAUAUGCGAUACCAUAAACAAAGUUCUGAAACAGGACUGUGCACUGUUAGAAAUAAAAUUUGUAUGGGAUUUUAAAAUUCCGCGAUGCUGAUCAUCGCACCAAACUCUCACCUUAUAAAAUAUUAAAUCUAUACAAAAACUCCUCCAUUUGUCACCUGUCAAUCCUUGUACUUUUGCUUGAAGUGCGUUGUAGCGAGACAAUUGUCCAUUAAAAAUAUCUGUUCUAGUGCUUAUCAAUGCUAUUUACGUAAACGAUCUAAUGUACAAUUUUUCAAAGGUUCAAUUCAGAUUAAAAAUUCGAAAAAUCAAAAUCUAUUUCACAAGAUCAACUAACGAUUUUCCAUAGGAAAAAAUGCUACUUGGAAACUAAAGAUCAAAUGUAAUUGAUUUUCGUAUAAUUCUA